CAGCACGUAAUUUGCCGUCGACUUACACUCGCAGGCUUCGCAUGGCCCAACUUCGAUCUUCUCAAAAGACUCUGGAGAUUCACAAAUGUGUGCAACCAAAGAUGAAGAUACAAGCUCUCUUUGGAACAGGGUGAAAUCCUCGGCAUCCAUUUCUCCUUGUUGCAUUAUGUCCCGCGAGUAGCAGGAAGUAAAAGUGCACAUUUGUUCCAGUUACCACAUACGUUUAUGUUGUUGACGCAAGUUUUCUUUUUCUCAUCAAUGCCAUUCUGUGGCAUUAGGAUCAUAGACCAUUGACGCCACGGCGGGUCUGCAUGGUAUACGUAGAAGAGUACAUCCUUGAGUUCGGUCUACUCGGACCGCACGUCAUCGUUUACGCAGAACUACUCCACGCUGGUGCGGGAGGUAUGGAGCGCAAUUCCCGAGACGCGGGAAAGAAGCUCAAAGGCAUUUCGGAAAUCGCAGCCGUACUGCAAAUCAACCCGGCCCGGUGGAAGCCAGCCGCCGAAAAGCGCGUCAUCACGCUUGGCGCGGGAAGAAAAAAGAAUCCGCAUAACGUCUUGACAAACGGCGACGACGCGGCAAAGUUGCGCGAGGCUUUGGAGAAAGUGCGGACCGCGGUCCCUAGUGGAGGUGCUACGCUGGCUGUGGUGGACAGACUGAAAUCUACCGCGGGUCUAGCGUUGACGGUGGCAGAUGAAAGCGGCGAUGCGAAGAGCGUGUUGGAGCGCGUGAAAGAAGUGAUCACGGGAUUCGAAUUCCACCAAGAGGAUGAGCAAGAAGAGGAAGAAUGAUUUACUUGGAGCAAGUCGUGCUAGAUCAACCUCAUCAACGUCACCGCGGCCUAGAAGGGAGUCCCGUCUACUUCGGCGCGCUGUUCCCAAUCGCACUCACUGCGGUGCUUCGCCAACAUGUUGGCCGCAAAGCAGAAAACUAUUGCCCAGCUGGGCCGGGCUUUGCUCCGCGGAAACGUCGGCGACGGCCUCGCCUUGCUGCAGAAAAACGCCCAGCACGCGUCCGGCCGGGAGGCUGCAUGCGUGUUCUCGUUGGCAGUGAGGACCAAGGACUGGGUUGCGGCCGCGGAGGUGCUGGAGCUCGCUGUGGGGGCUAGUAUUAAAGAACCCCCUCAUGCACCGCGGUCUGUCUCUGCUGGACCAAAGAACAAGUUCACGUUUCGCGCCAGGCAAGAGGAGUGGGAGCUGCUGGUGACGGAGCUGGCGCGGCUCUGGGACGGGAAGAGAGCGGAGAAAAUUUUCCAAAUCGGAAUCGAAAAGUUGAAGUUGCAGCAGCCAGGCAUCGGCGUGAAGGUCGCUUUACUCCGAGCGUUUGGUUUAGUUGGAGACUGUAUCAAAUAUAAAAAUGUCUGGGUCAGGAAAAAUGCAACUUGUGAUGCUGCAUUUGGAUGUCUAAAAAAAUUUGUGUUGCAUGAGCAGCAAAAGGAAUCUAAUUUUUCCUACGCGGAGAGGGCAUUUGUCAUGCGGAAUACGCAUGAGGAAGCCCACAAAAAAUCUGUGAUGCCAGGGCAUGCAUCACAGACAUCAUGGCUCAUGCAAAACGCGCAUGACAUUGACAAGUCUCAGGAUCUUCCAGACCCAGACAUUUUUACAUUUGAUAGACUGGCAAUCUGCAGCGCGGCUGUUCUACCAAUGGCAGGCUGAGAGCUAUAAUCCGCCGUGCAAAAUAACUGCCGACACGAGAAGUUGUGCAUUGACAGCUCCAGAGCCAGAUUCUCAAACCUCGAUGGACUACGAUGUGAAAACGUCCACAUCCCAUCACGAAAGCUGCCAGUACUUGCUGUCCGCUUUUCUGAGUGCCCUGGAACGUGGAAACGCACCAGACGGGAUCACGCAGCAGUUCGUUUCCCAGCUUCUGUCCUACGAGAAAACAACUACAGAAAGGUUUUUGAAAGCUCGUAGUAAAGGUGAAGCAGUUGUCCACCUCCCAACGAGAUCUUCUACUGCGGGCCGCCUAGAUAUCGUCGCCUACUCCGCCAUCCUGCGAGUGUUCGAGAAGAGACCUGAUUUAGAGGGGAUGAUGGAAAUUUGGAAUAAGAUUCCGGUGGAGAAAGACGCAAUUUCCUACAACAUCGCAUUGAGUUGCGUUUGCAGAACCAUGUACCACAUGGUCGGUGUGCUCGAACAAGAUGGCUGCACAUUGGAUCAGGACGGGCACUGUCUUGACGAGAAUAUUACAGCUGAUGGUGCGAAUUACUCGGGAGCACCAUCUUCAUGUCAUGGUCUUCUGUCCUCCGACACAGCAUCAAAUCUCAAGCACAGGCAGCACCUUCUCACCACCGCUGAGAAGUUUCUCGUUGAAAUGUCAGAGUCAGACGCGAAAAAUAUCAAAAAGACCGCGGUGACGCUGAACACCGCCGUGCGUAUUUGUGAACUUGCAGAGGAGCCGGAGCGCGGGCUCAAGUGGAUUUCGCGCUACUUUCUGCGAGAAGUUGGCAGCGCGAACGGUGGAGGAAUGGAUGAGUCAUGGUUCCGACGUCAGAAUAAAGAAGACUUGGCUGAUGCAGUCCUGCAGAGCAGCACGCAAGCCACAGUCAGCGCCAGUCCCUUCGCCUCUGCCCGCCCAGCGACCAUCACGGCUGAAUUGCUAGCACAGGUUUCCGAGAGACUAGAGUCGGGUAUGAUGGAAUCAACAAAAGCGUCGGUGGGUUGGUGGGGGAAUCAAAAUCAUCUGCACAGUACUACUAGUUUCGUUCGAGAACCUCAUGAUCCCCAGGUACGAAAUAGCGACGGCAACGCCAGCGGCGAACUGGAAAAGAACGCGUCCGUAAUGCACAGCCGCUAUCACUACGACAUACACACCACAGACCUUCCCUUCCUCAACCGAGUGCAAAACACGCUUGCUGCACGACUGGAGGACUGGGAAAAAACGGGCAAGGCUCUGCAAGUGUUGGAAGGUGCGUUGGCAGACGCUGCACUUCUCGCGCCGAAUUGGAAACUGGUCCCCUACGGCUCCCUGUACUGCGGAACUGCAGGUCGCGGGGCGGACUUGGAUGUGACAUUAGUACGUGCAAAGAACCAGAAGCAGGAGGUCGUGCAAGCAGACGAAAGUAAGAGUAACGCAUCCAGUGUUGAAGCACACUCAGCUCCUACGCGUGAAAACUUCACCGCCCUUGCACAGUUGUACCCGGACCAGCUGCAAGGUGAAAAAGCGAAGCUCCGCCACCUCCACCACACACGCGACCAGCAGCAACGAGUGUUGUUGAAGUGUGUCACUGCUCUUCGACAGAAUUCGCGAAUUCUCCAUGUAGACGCUCGGCUGGGAGGUAGAGUGCCGGUUGCGAGUUUCCAGGUUUUGGUCCCGCAAGCAGAGGAUAAAUGCGAUUUCGCGGAGGAAUUCGUAAGUACUGUUGACUUGACUGUCGACAACACACACGCGUUGGAAAAAACCGCGUUUCUGCGGAAGCACUUUGGAAACAAGAACAGUGAAGAGACCACAUCAGCUGGUCUCCUUGCCGUUCUGGUCAAGCAGUGGGCCAAGCAGGAGAAAAUCUUUGGACAGACGCACGGAAUGCUGGGUGGCUACGCUUUUUCUCUUCUGGUCGUGCACUACAUCCGGGCUGUGCUCUUCAAUCAGACCAACGAAAACUUCGCAGCAAAUAAACACCUGCUCGUCCCUAGAAUAACCAUCGGGUUCUCUCCUCGUCUCUUUCACGGCUUCUUCCACUACUUCGCGCACGAACACGACUGGAACCGCGGGGAGAAAAUUUCUUUCACUCACGAACAGACCUACAGCGACGGUGGCGCUACUACCCUACCUGGUUGCAAAAUGCAAAAGGAAUACUCCGGUCGGCCCUCAUUGGUACUUAUGGAUCCGGUUGAAACAGGGUGGAAUCUGGGGAACAUUCUAGAUGCGGAUCGGUUGGCACGAACGCGUGCGGCUUUCUCCAGAGCAGCGGAAGACGGUACCGAGAUCGGCUGGCAGGUGCUUCAGCGAGCGAGGGUGGAAACAUAGUGGCAGCGGUGACUGCAUGAUUGAAUUUUAAAGUUCAGGCUGUGUGGCGCCAACAAGAUCAACCUCAACACGGUUAUGUGUGUUGAAUUGUGUCGGCGAGUUGAGCAGUGCGCACACUCUCCGAGCCGCUGGCGCUGCCGUUGCUCGUGCUCUCGUCUCGAGUUUUAGUUUUCUGCGGUGUUCAACAAUCUUCCAAUUCCAGCCUCGUCUUCAAUAGCAUCACUCCCUGCUUGGUGCUGUUCCUUGUCCCCUUCAAGAAGGUCUUUGAUGAUUCCGCAAUUCUGAAGGUUCGUUGUUUGAUCUUGUUCAUGAAGGCACCACGAGAGGUCAAACCAAGAAAGAUGCUUUCCCAAGGUCGAAGUGAACUCCGAACGAAGCGAAGGAAGAUCGGGAUCUGUCGUAGUUGAACGUGCGCAGCUCUAUUCCCUCCCUGAUGUGCGUCGUAGUCACGCUGCGAGCAAUCACGACCUAUUCACAAGUUGGAGCAGAGAAAAGUAGUAUAAGUACAAUAGUAGCAUCUGGA